CAGCAAAGAGGACCUUUACUUCAGAAAAACCCCAGAUCAAAGAAAGACCAACUAGUACUUCUCACAAUGAAGCUCCACUCCUUUGCCUGUAUCAGCAUCUUCCUACUCUCUCUAGGAGCCUCCCCAGUCCUUCUGCAGAAAGCUCCCAAGAAAAAGCCUCUCAACGCCAAUGGCUUGACGAAGUUGCCUCCCUGCUGCGAAGAGGUUCGAGACCUCAAAGUCCAGAUCGCCAAUCUGAGCAGCAUGCUGGAGGAGCUGACCAAGAAGCAGGAGACCGACUGGGUGAACGUGGUCAUGCAGGUGAUGAAGCUGGAGGGCAGCUACAAACAGAUGGAGACACGGGUGACAGACGCGGAGGGGAAGUACUCCGAGAUGAACAACCAAAUAGGAAUCAUGCAGUUGCAGGCAGCCGCCCAGACGCAAACUCAGACUACAGCAGACGCCCUUUACGACUGCUCGUCCCUCUACCAGAAGAAUUAUAGAAUCUCAGGUGUCUACAAAAUGCCUGCGGAUGAGUUUUUGGGGAGUCCAGAGCUGGAGGUCUACUGUGAUAUGGAGACCCAAGGAGGAGGAUGGACCCUCAUACAGAGGAGGAAAAUUGGCCUGACCUCAUUCAACAGAGACUGGAAGCAGUACCGGGAAGGCUUUGGCAAAAUUCGGGGAGAUUUUUGGUUGGGCAAUGAGCACAUCUAUCGCUUGACCAGAAGGCCGACCGUCCUGAGAGUAGAGUUAGAGGACUGGGAGGGCCGUGUCAGAUAUGCAGAAUAUGCCCAGUUCUACCUCAGUGACGAACAAAACAGUUAUCGCCUUUUCCUGGGCAAUUACAGCGGGAAUGCUGGCAGGGACUCUCUUCGCUAUCACAACAACACGGCCUUCAGUACCAAGGACAAGGACAAUGACAAGUGCUUGGAUGACUGCGCUGGACUGCGCAAAGGAGGGUACUGGUACAACUGCUGCACAGACUCCAACCUGAACGGUAUAUUCUAUCGCAAUGGAGACCACAACAAGCAUUCAGAUGGUAUCAGCUGGUACGGCUGGCAUGGGUCUUCCUAUUCUCUAAGGAGAGUGGAGAUGAAGAUACGACCUCAAGACUUCCAGCAAUGA